AUGAAAAAGGUAGCAGUUGAGUAUUUCUCGGAUCUUUUUAGUACUACCUCCCCCGGGGAUAUCUCGGAAAUUUUGGAGGGGAUUCCAUCAGUAGUUACAGAAACGGAUAAUGUAGUGUUAACCAAAACUGCAACGGAGGAAGAGGUUCGUAAGGCGCUUUUCCUCAUGAAUCCAGAAAAAGCCCCGGGACCAGAUGGGAUGACGGCUCUAUUUUUUCAAAAAUCAUGGCCUCUAAUCAAAGCGGAUGUCAUGGGCUUUAUAAAUGAUUUCUUAACCUCGGGCCAUUUUGAUGAUCGGUUAAACAUGACGAAUAUAGGCCUUAUACCAAAGACGGAGAGACCCACUCGGAUGACGGAGUUACGUCCGAUUAGUCUCUGUAACGUCGGCUAUAAGAUUCUUUCAAAGGUCUUAUGUGAGAGAUUAAAGAUAGUACUCCCUCAAUUGAUUUCUGAGACUCAAUCGGCCUUUGUCCCUGGGAAACUGAUCUCAGAUAAUAUCUUGAUAGCCCAGGAGAUGUUUCACGGUUUACGGACAAACAAGUCUUGUAAAGGAAAAUUCAUGGCGGUUAAAACGGAUAUGAGUAAGGCCUAUGAUCGGGUUGAGUGGGAAUUUGUGGAGGCCACAAUGCGGAAGAUGGGGUUUGCAGAGACAUGGAUCAGGUGGAUUAUGAAGUGUAUUAACUCGGUCCAAUAUAAAGUCCUUAUUAAUGGACAACCUAGGGGAAGGAUUAUUCCGCAUAGAGGUUUACGACAAGGGGAUCCUUUAUCCCCAUAUAUAUUUAUUCUAUGCACAGAAGUUCUUAUCUCCAAUCUACAGAAGGCGGCAAAUUUGAAAGUUCUAACGGGCCUGAAAAUAGCCCGCGCAAGCCCACCGGUUUCACAUUUACUCUUUGCAGAUGAUAGUUUAUUCUUUUGUAAAGCGACAGUGGAAGAAAGUGCAGUGUUGCUAAAAAUACUUCAACUCUACGAGUGUGCGUCGGGGCAGAAAAUAAAUUUUGAUAAAUCCUCAAUUCAGUUUGGCCAUACAGUUGAGGAUAGUGACGAACAACAAUCCAUCAGCUGCUAG